AUGGACUCCUUCAGGUCAAGCAGCCAAGGAAAAGUUCAAAAGCAACUGCAACAAGGAAAGAAUCACAGAGGAACAGGAGAAACAAUGGAAAUGCUGACCACAGUAAAGAAUGAAGAGUACACAGGAAGGCGCCGCAUGUACACGGAUGAUGGCGUUCCACCCGUUGUCAAGUGCAUCAAGAGGCGUCGCAGAGACCCAUCCUUGGUCAGCCUCGUCCGUGAUGUCAGCCGAAACCGACCACAGCAAGUAGGCGAUCAAGUUUCUGUUGCUGCUGCUACAACACCAAAGAGAAGUUCAAGAUUUCGCGGUGUUAGCAGGCACAGAUGGACUGGUCGGUAUGAAGCCCACCUGUGGGACAAGCUCUCUUGGAAUGUAACGCAAAAGAAGAAAGGGAAGCAAGUUUAUCUAGGAGCUUAUGAUGAAGAAGAAGCAGCAGCAAGAGCAUAUGAUAUGGCUGCACUCAAGUAUUGGGGAACAUCGACCUUCACCAAUUUUCCGAUAUCAGAUUAUGACAAAGAGAUCGAGAUUAUGCAGAAUGUAACAAAAGAGGAAUACUUAGCCUCUUUAAGAAGAAAGAGCAGUGGCUUCUCAAGAGGCGUAUCCAAGUAUAGAGGAGUUGCCAGACAUCAUCACAAUGGUAGAUGGGAAGCAAGAAUUGGGAGAGUCUUCGGAAACAAGUACCUGUACCUCGGCACUUACAGUACUCAAGAGGAAGCAGCCCGUGCCUACGACAUCGCUGCAAUUGAAUAUAGAGGGAUCAAUGCUGUGACCAACUUUGACUUGAGUACUUACAUCAGAUGGUUGGAGCCUGGAACAAAUGGUUCAUCACUCAUCUUACCUGAACGACAGAUGUUCACAGAUUCUCCAAUGGCACUAUCAGCAACCAACUGCAUCCCUAAAGAGGAGACUAAGUCCUCAUUCUUCCUGGCUAGUCCUUUCACAGAAGACUAUGUAAUGAAUAUCACUCAAAAGCAAGAUAGAUUUGAAAGGAAAGUACCUGUUAGCUCGUGCAGUAAGUCUUCUUCUGCCCCCACAGCGCUUGGCCUACUCCUCAGGUCUUCAGUGUUUAGAGAAUUGGUCGAGAAGAAUACAGCCAUCUCUGAGGAUGACACAGAUGGGGAAGAGGCAAAAACCCAACCUCCGCAGGGAAGUGACGAUGAAUUCACGGGGAUCUUCUGCAAUGGAAUGGGGGACUUCCCUUUCAUCUGCUCUUCAAACAGGGAUGAUGUACAGUUACAAGAAAGAAAGCUUCAGUUCAUUCUGUGAACCUCUCAGUAACCCAUCAAAAGGAUGAGUGUUGAUAGACAGCCAACAAGUUAGCAGAUGCAUUCUAGUUUUUGGCUUUGGAUGUAAUGUAAAUAAGUUUCUCACAAGAUGGGUUGUUAGGAAUUUCCAGUCAAUACUGAAUAACAGCUUCCCAUUUCUCUGGACGCUAGUGGUCCCUAGAAAUGGAGUCACGAUCCAUCCUACAUUAACCAGAAACAUAGGGUAUAGCCAUCUAAUUUGCCAGAAACAUGUACUGUACAUACGAAUUGAAAUGUAAACCAUAUGUGCAAAACCGAAUUCUCAUGGCACAUGGUGUCCUAUGCUCCAAGAGAAGGAGACGAGGUUUGAUUGCAGAUCUUGGUGAAGUUGUUUGGCUAUUGAAGAUGUCAAAUAUUCCCAUGGGCAUAGAAGCAAAGAUAAUGACGUCAUCAGGCAUGGUGAGGAAAUACCGGAUUCACAAUGUUAUUUUUCUCUAUUUUCGUAGAAAAAAUCAUAGCCACUGCAUCUACCAAAGAUCCAUUAUGUAAAACUGUCAGGGAUACACCGGUCAUGAUAUGAACGAAGCAAAAAGAUGUGCAACUGAAUACACAAGAAUGCAGAAAGAGAUGCAUAACAGUUCGCUAAAAUUUCAUGGCCAUGGGAGCAUUCCACAUAUGGAUUUCUAUAUGCAUGUCUACAGCAUCCCCGCUUCAGACAUCAUCAGAAGAAGAAUAAGAAUUUGGUGGCCAAUAUUUCGAUGCGCGCUCAUCCUCACAUUGUAAAACUGGGUGGUUUGCAGAUGUGAAGUCCCUGAAGCGCACAAGUCCACAUUGAAGGCCAGAGGCAGCAGUAAUCUACAGCAAUGGCCGAGCAUCCAAAGGUGCAACCCACUUCUUCCGGGCUACAACAAAUCAAUGAGUUCGCUAGAUCACCAGUGCCAGCUUCCCAAACAUUAACAUAAUCAUCUUAUGGGCUCCCUGCAACAACUUUGUAUGAAUCCAUAUGCAAAUGCGCCAAAGGACCUGAAUGCCCAUCCAACUCAGUUAUUGGCACCGAUCUACUUUGGCCCCGGUUCUUUCUGACAUCCCGAAGCAACACCUUGCAACAUCACAAACAUCUUGCCCUCGGAGCACUCGAAUAAUCAUGUUGGAAGCAAACUUUAAACAGAAAAAUUUUCCACAGAAGGGGUG